AAGUUGGGCUCCCGCCUGGCUGGGAGGCGGGAGGGAGCUCGCUCCUGUUGUUUUCCGCCGGCGGGAGUGGGCAGGCGGGUACAGGGGGCGGGGUGCGUCCUCCCUCCCAGGCUAGGGCGCUCGGGAGCGGGGACCCGCGCCUGCAGCCGAGCGCCGCUCCCGGCCGCGGACACCCGGCUCCGCCGAGCAUCCUUCCUAGGGGCCGACAAAGUGGGGUCACUCUGCCGUUCCGAGGACCUGGGAGGAGCCCGCGGUCCCCCGGGCGUCGGGGCCCUGGGGCGCAUACAUCCAGCCCAGCCCGAGCCUGCGUUUCCUGAGCAGGGAUCUGGGGUGAGAUGGCCGCAGGCGGCCGUGCGCCGGAGCCCCGCGUCCUCGUCUGCCUCGGGGCGCUCCUGGCCGGCUGGGUCGCCGUAGGAUUGGAGGCUGUUGUCAUUGGAGAAGUUCACGAGAAUGUUACUCUGCACUGUGGCAACAUCUCAGGACCGAGGGGCCUGGUGACCUGGUACCGGAACGACUCGGAGCCUGUCUUUCUUCUCUCGUCCAACUCUAGCCUCCUGCCAGCUGAGCCUCGCUUCUCUCUAGUGAAUGUCAGCUCCCUGCACAUCGAAGCGCUGAGCCUGCAAGAUGAGGGGAACUAUACCUGCCGGGAGAUCCUGAACGUGACUCAGUGGUUCCAAGUGUGGCUGCAGGUGGCCAGCGGCCCCUAUCAGAUUGAAGUCCACAUCUCGGCCACCAGCACACUCCCCAACGGCACCCUCUACGCAGCCAAGGGUUCCCAGGUGGAAUUCAGCUGCAACAGCAGCUCCUGGCCGCCACCCAUGGUUGAAUGGUGGUUCCAGGCCCUGAAUUCCAGCAGCGAGUUUUUCGGCCACAACCUGACAGUCAACUCUUUCUCACUGUUACUGAUGUCCCCAAACCUCCAAGGGAACUACACCUGUUUGGCCUUGAAUCUGCUCAGCAGGAGACAUCGAAAGGUGACCACCGAGCUCCUGGUCUAUUAUCCCCCUCCAUCAGCUCCCCAGUGCCGGGCACAGAUGGCAUCAGGAUUCUUCAUGCUGCAGCUCACCUGUCGCUGGGAUGGGGGAUACCCUGACCCUAACUUCCUGUGGAUAGAAGAGCCGGGAGGUGUAAUCGUGGGGAAGUCAAAGCUGGGGGUGGAAAUGCUGAACAAGUCCCAGCUGUCAGAUGGCAAGAAGUUCAAGUGUGCUGCGAGUCAUGUAGUUGGGCCAGAGGCGGGUGCCAGCUGCGUGGUGCAGAUCAGGAGUCCCUCCGUUCUCUCUGAGCCCAUGAAGACUUGCUUCGUGGGGGGCAAUGUGACGCUCACCUGCCAGGUGUCUGGGGCCUACCCCCCUGCCAAGAUCCUGUGGCUGAGGAACCUAACCCAGCCCGAGGUGAUCACCCAGCCCAGCAGCCACCAUCUCAUUACCCAGGAUGGCCAGAACUCCACCCUCACCAUCCAUAACUGCUCCCAGGACCUGGAUGAGGGCUACUAUGUCUGCCGGGCUGACAACCCCGUUGGGGUGAGGGAGGUGGACAUCUGGUUGAGUGUAAAAGAACCUUUAAACAUCGGGGGCAUUGUGGGAACCAUUGUGAGCCUCCUGCUACUGGGACUGGCCACUAUCUCAGGGCUUAUGUUGUAUUACAGCCCUGUGCUCUGCUGGAAAGUAGGAAACACUUUCAGGGGCCAAAACAUGGAUGAUGUCAUGGUUUUGGUGGAUUCAGAAGAGGAAGAGGAGGAGGAGGAGGAGGAAGAUGCUGCAGCAGAAGAGGAGGAAGGAGCACAGGAGAGAGAGGAGUUCCCAAAGGAAAUACCCAAGCAGAACCACAUUCAUAGAGUGACCGCCUUGGUGAAUGGGAACAUAGAACAGAUGGGAAAUGGAUUCCAGGAUCUACAAGAUGACGGCAGUGAGGAGCAAAGUGAUGUUCAAGAAGAAGACAGACCAGUGUGAAGAAGAGGAUGCUCCACGGUUGUCUCGUUCUGAAAGCUCGGAAAGCUACAUUGGAGAUGAGCUCUUCAUUCAGCUUUGACCUGAUCUGCACCCCUGACGGGGGGCUUGCACGAGCAAUGUUUGGGUCUCAGCAAAAAGCAAAACCAAGCACACACAUCUUUCCUUCCAUUUAUUGAAAAACAUUGGUUUGGUUUGCUCUAAGUAUUCCCAACGAUGUUUAAAAGCUUUGAGAAGGAAGGCUGCUUUGCUGUCUGAGGUGCCCUUUCUGCUGUGAAUCCUGGCUUUAUCCAGGUUGAUCUACUGUGACGGAUGCUGAUUUGGAGGGAGCAGGGUUAAGGGAAGCACUGAGUCUUGGUGUCUUUUGCCACUAUUGUUUUUCUUUUCUUUUCUUUUUUGUUUUGAGACGAAGUCUCGCUCUUUUGCCCAGGCUGGAGUGCAGUGGCGUGAUCUUGGCUCACCUACAAUCUCCGCCUCCUGGGUUCAAUGAUUUUCCUGCCUCAGUCUCCUGAGUAGCUGGGACGACAGGUGCGCACCACCAUGCUCUGCUAAUGUAUUUGCAUUUUUAAGUAGAGACGGGGUUUCACUGUGUUGGCCAGGCUGGUCUUAAACUCCUGACCUUGUGAUCUGCCUGCCUCUGCCUCCCAAAGUGCUGGGAUUACAGGUGUGUCCACUGUGCCCGGUCUUCCUUUGUCACUAUUAAAGGUUUGUAGCCAGCUUGCCCCAGCACAAAAGGGGGUGAUAGGGAAACUUCCUUUAUCACUGCCUAGGUGAGCUCAUGACCAAGAAACCAGGCAAACAGUUGAUCACUGGAACAGGUUAAGUUUCAGCUACCAUAACCAAUCAGAGGAAGGCAGUUUGGUUUAGGCUUUGGAGUUGGUUUAGGCUUCAGGAGCCCUGAAGUUGAAUCUGGGCUCUGCUGCUUCCUUCUUUCAAGGGCUAGGGCAUGAUUCUUUACCUCUCUUGGCCUCGAUUUCCUCACCUGUAAAAAUAGGUGAGGAAAUUCCUCAUCUAUUGUUUCUUGUUCUGAAAGCUUGAAAAGCUACAUUGAAGAUGAGCUCUUCAUUCAGCUUUGACUCGACCUGCACCCCUGGCGGGGGGCUUGCACUAGCAAUGUUUGGGCCUCAGCAAAAAACAAAACCAAGCACACACGUCUUUCCUUCCAUUUAUUGAAAAAUGUCUUUGUAAGAUCACCUGCUAAAUACGAAAAUCUGACUUGAAUUUGCACUCUUUAAUGUUGCGAAUCUGCUCUAGUGAGGAAGACCUAGGGCUUAAAGGGGAACUUCCUUUCUCCAGUUCUAGGAACUGGGACUCUGAAAUGAGAGCUGGUUGUCUGAAGUAACCCUGCAGGUGUGGUUGGGGAAAGUCUGUUUUCUUGGAUGAAGGGACUGAAUGGAGCACUGUCUUAACCAUUUUUAUUUCCCUGGAGAUAGAAUUGUUUUACAAAGAGUUAGGGAACUGGUAAUGGGAAGUGCUUUUCAUUAUAACCUCACAUUUUGCCAAGCUUCAUAUUUAUAUACAAGCCUCCUAGGUGAUAACACUAUUGGCUUGCAGACUUUCCUAUGCUUCAUUUCUCCUGUUGCUUUGGAAGAAGGCAGGAGACACAUUUCAUAAUGGAGUAUCUGGUGAUAAGAACUGCUUGGGCAAACCAGCUCAUCUGGACUGUUUAUCUUGGAAAUGGGAAGAGGAAAACUUGUUUCCUUCCUGCUUCUUGAGGAUAUUCUGAGGGUACACUGAUCAAUAACACUAACUUUGGAAUGAAAAUAACAUGUGAUGAGUUUAGGCUGCUGAUGUUUCCAGUAGAUUCUUGCAUCGUUUUGAGAUUUAUGUUUUCUGAUUUCAUCUAAAUUUCUUAAAGUCAGGGACCUUAUAAGGGUGCAAUGGAUGUUUGCUAAAUAUGGAAAUCUGACUUGAAUUAGCACUCUUUAAUGUUGCGUAUCUGCUCUAGUGGGCAAGACUAGGGCUUAAAGGGAAACUUCCUUUCUCCAGUUCUAAGAACUGGGACUCUAAAAUGAGAAGCGGGUUGUCUGAAGUAACCCUGCAGGUGUGGUUGCAGAAGGUCUGUUUUCUUGGAUGAAAGGACUGAACUAAGCAAAUCACUAGAAGGAUGCCCUGUCCCCUGCUCAGGACACUGGGGAGCUCAGGAGUGGGCUGCAAUGUUUACCUCCCAGGAAUAGCUGUGAACUGCAGUUCUACUAGCUUUUUGUCUUUUGUUGCAAAGUACCCCACGUACUUGACCAUUCUCAAAAGUGUAAAUUAGUAUCAUUUUAGAAUGAUACUCAGCUGGCUUCUAAAGUCUCUGAAUGCUGAGUCUCUCCUUUGGGGUCGUUGGCAAUCAAAUUCCAGAACUGAAGAGUCUACUAUUCAGAGGCCACAAGAUUAAAAAAAGAAAACACAAAAACUGUUGGGGGGGAACAAAUCCUAGCUGGGAACACAGAGGAUGUUUUGUAACAUCACUGGGAUAUUUUCCACAACUUCCUCUUCUCUUGCACAUCUGUUGAUAGGAAGUAUUUGAGGGUUUUUCCACUACCAAAUGGGAGCUGCAAGGUGCUGGUGCUGAACACUAUAACCUUGAACCAGCUGAGCUGUGAGUGCUGUCACAUAUCUGAGUCCUGUGUGUACCCUAAUAUCCUGGGUCAGAUAGAGCCCAGGUCUUCAAGUUUUAAGGAUCUUUGAAGAAUUAGGACUGCUUUUAAGACGAUCCAUGCCCAAAUCCACAAGCAUGUGGAAGUUGGUGCGGUAAAGUCCAAGUUGUUACACUGUGCUUUUAAAAAAAUCUUAUCUGCAUGUAUUGUUAACUUAGAGACCUUGAGAUCUAUUUAUGAGAACCAGGAAGAUAGACACUUCAAGGUCCAUUGCAACUGACUUUUUUCUCAAAACCUGGUGCGGACCCCAGAGGAGGGGGCUCCACAAUUCUGUGGCUUAGAUAUUAGCUCCAAUUCUCACAAGCACGUACAAGGCCUGUAAUUGCUACAGGAAAACACAGGAUGGAAAAUUGCAAUAACCCAUGCACUGAGACUUAGAAAAUAUCCUUACUAGGUAAAAUGUAUUAUGAUGCAAUAAGUGCCAACUGAUUCUUGUCACAUUGGGACUGGCCCGGAACUGCUACAAAGAAAAACAGGCAGCUCCUUCUCCAUUAUUUACAUUUUAAGAUGUGGGGGUUGGGAGAAAUUAGUUCUGAGGUUAUCAUAUGCAUUUUUUUAAAAAGAUAAUGGAAUAAAGCUAUUUUUAAAUAAGUGCUUUUGUGAUCUUGAGACCUGAUUAAUAAACUGAAAAGACUUGGAAAAA